CUUCUGCAUCCGCCACAUCCAUUCCUUCACACCAACCACGCCGUCGAAUCCUCCAGAGCGGGCACAGCAAGAUGGACCCAAACGAUCAGCCCCCAAGCAUGCCAGAUGCUCCCGACAAGGAGAAGAUGGAACAGAUCCGACAGCGUCGCCUUGCCAAGCUUGGAUCCUCAGCGCCUGCCCAGCCAAAGGCAGAAGGUGGUGACUCAACAUCAGAUAGUCCUGCAACCUCUACUCCGACAACACCGGCGCCUGGCGUUGUAAAGACAAGCGAGCCCGAGCCGAAGCGAAACAAGAUCAACAUCACACCCCAGGCAUCCAGUGCAUCAUCGACUGGGGCAGCCCCAAACCCUUUCACACAGCUUGGCGUUGGCUCAGGAAGAUCAACACCAACCCCCGGCACAACACCAACCAUGGCCCCGGCCAAGCGAAACGCGACCGAAUCCCCGGAGGAAUGGGCCGACAAGACUAUCAGCCACAUCUUCCGGGUCACGGUCGACGAGUCUCGGCAGACCGACGUCCAUGGACGCAAGCUGACGUAUCUUCCUGGUGUGAGCGCGGAAUUGCAGGAACAAAACCCGGAGGGGCCGCUGCGGUUAUCUGCCGAUGUCAUCGAGCAGGCCAUCCUUGAAGGAGCCAGUGCCUUUCCACAUGACAAGCCACUGAUGGACUAUAUGUUGCCCUGCUGGAAGCGAGUGGUACAGGCGAGGAAGAUGCUCCGAGCACCGACGCCUGAGAAGGAGACCGUCCUGUCAGAGGCGAAGCGUCUGUGCAUGAGCUACUGUCUGUUCGCAGUGACUCUGCCAGAUCUCUUUGGCCGCGAGUCCAACGCAGACCACGACACCCUUGUACCUUAUCUCCUACGAGACAUCGACAAUGAGCAUGGGAUCUGCCUCGAUUUCUUGCAGGAAGCAGUUGCGCGCUUCCCAGAAGAUGAUUCAUUACCGGAAGUCUUCGUUAAGGCCAUGGUGGGAAUCAGUACAAGGUUGUCGAAGCUGACCAUGAACGACAAUUAUAAACCUCAUGUCAAUUCUGCCCCCGGCAUUGAGAAGCACAGUCUACUUGGACCGUUUUUCCGGAUAUCUCCACUGCAGACUGAAGUUACAAAGGUUUACUUCGCCGGCCCCCGAACUAUCGACCGCGGCGCGGUCAAAAAUGCCCAGAAUGCCCUCCAGAUUACCAUCAACACACACCAGUUAGAUCUCAAGGACAUCAUAAACGCCUUUGUCCGGGCCAGCAUCGACACGCGGAACAAGCUUCUCGAUUGGUUCGCUUACAUAAUGAACCAGAACCACAAGAGGAGGGCUAUACAGGUGGACCCCAAGGAAGUCGCCUCGGACGGCUUCAUGAUGAACAUCACGGUAGUCCUGGAUUAUCUGUGCGAGCCAUUCAUGGACUCUACCUUCUCGAAGGUCGACAGGAUCGAUGUCGGGUACUUUAGGAGGAGUCCGCGCAUCGACAUCAAGGAAGAGACCAAGCUUAAUGCAGACCAGGCACAGUCGGACGGAUUCUACGCGCAGAAACUCGACGGAACUUCCAAUUUCAUCUCCGAGAUCUUCUUCCUCACCUUGGCUGCUCACCACUACGGUAGUGAGGCCACUAAUUCCAAACUCAAGAAUUUGGAAAAGGACAUAAAAUACUAUGAGAAACACCUAAAAAUAUUGGAAGCCGAGCGACAGAAAUUCAUCAACUCCCCUCAGCAGCUUGCGAUGUUCGACAUAGGAGUCCGACGGCACACAGACGUCUUGGAGAGAGCCAUCUCGCUCAAGUACGCUAUUGAAGGUUGUCUCCUGGAUGAGAAGAUGCAGGGGCGGUCCUUGCAAUUCAUGAGAUAUGUUUGUGUUUGGCUGCUGCGUGUGGCAAGCCAAACAGACUACAAACCUGACAAGCCACUCUCACUGCCAUUGCCAAAGGAGCAACCAGAGGCGUUCAAGUGCUUGCCCGAGUAUGCACUGCAGGACGUUCUCGACAACUUCAAAUUUGUCUUCCGCUAUAUCCCGCAAAUCAUACUGUCUGCCAUCGGCGAUGAGAUGAUUGCCAUAUGUCUCACCUUCCUCGAGUCUUCUGAAUAUGUGCGAAACCCAUAUCUCAAGUCUAUGCUCGUGAGUCUCCUCUACUCAGGAACUUGGCCGACCUAUCAUCUGCGAAGGGGCGUCCUGGGCGAUGCCCUGACGAAUUCGUCGUUUGCCAACGGCUACCUGCUUCAUUCGGUUAUGAAGUUCUACAUCGAGUGCGAGUCCACCGGUGCACACACUCAGUUCUACGACAAAUUCAACAUCAGAUACGAGAUCUUCCAGAUCAUCAAGUGUGUCUGGUCCAAUGACUUCUACAAAGACCAGCUCGGCCGCCAAAGCCGAGUUGACCGACAAUUUUUCGUUCGAUUUGUCAAUCUUCUACUGAACGAUGCAACAUACGUUCUGGAUGAAGCUUUGUCUAAAUUCCCCAAGAUCCACGACCUGCAGAUCGAACUGAGGGAAAACCAAAGCCUGGCACAGGAAGACCGUCAGAAAAAGGAGGAAGAACUAGCGUCCCUCGAGAAUCAGGCCACAUCAUACAUGCAGUUAGCAAACGAGACGGUGGCCAUGAUGAAACUUUUCACAAAGGCCCUCUGCGACUCAUUCACUCUGCCUGAAAUCGUGGGACGCCUGGCUGGUAUGCUUGACUUCAAUCUUGACAUGCUGGUCAGCCCUAAGAGCCAGAAUCUCAAGGUGGAGAAUGCGAACAAGUACCACUUCAACCCUAAGACGCUGCUUCCAGACUUAGUGGACAUUUUUCUGAACCUGGGCAAUGCGCAGAGCUUCGUGGAAGCCGUUGCCUCGGACGGUCGCUCGUACAAGGCAGCGACAUUUGACAGGGCGUCAGAUAUCAUGACUAGGAGGAGUCUUAAGGCAAAGGAGGACCUGGAUGCUUGGAAUGAGCUCAAAACCCGGAUCGCGAAGACCAAGGAGGAGCUGGACCAGGCCGAGCUGGACUUCGGCGAGAUUCCUGAGGAGUUUGAGGAUCCGGUCAUGGGCAUCCUGAUGAAUGAUCCGGUCAUUCUGCCAUCCAAGAGCAUCGUCGACAGGUCUACCAUCGUCCAGCACUUACUCUCUGUGGAGCUAGACCCCUUCACUCGAGUACCCAUGAAGAUCGAGGAUGUCAUCCCGGCGGAUGAUCUGCGCCAGAGGAUCGAGGCCUGGAAGGCUGAGAAAUUGGCGGAAGCCAAGGCGACUAAGAGUGGCGGGGAUGCAAUGGACACCACCGAGGGAUGAUGUACGUCUGCUUCGGGAGGAAACGCUGCAGAGCUCUAUUAGCAGCCCUGUGUUUUCCGUUAUCUGGUCCAGUUAUAAACAAUGAUGAUGACAAGACUUGGGUGAUAUGCAUAUAGAUUACUGGCGUUGGGAAAUUCAGGCUACGACAAGUAUGACUUCUACGAAUUCGUCGGCGGUGAGCGAUCCUUGUAAGAGCGAUGAGCGCACGGAGCAUUCUUUACGAUCCUUCAUACUGUGUUUAUCAGCCCAUGCAGCGUUCAUACUAUGGC